CUUGCCCUGGCCUUGCGGCUAGCCCUAGCUUGAGAGGAGCUGGGGUGGGGCGCUGCAGAGUUCUUUUCUCCUCUCCCACUCUGCUCAGAAUGGUGCUGGAAGGAAACCCUGACGUGGGAUCCCCUCGAACCUUGGACCUCCAGCACCCAGGGAACAAGGGCUCUUGCAUCCUCUCUUCUCCUGGUGAAGACGCACUGCCAGGCGAGGAACCCAUCAAGUAUGGUGAACUCAUCGUCCUGGGCUACAAUGGGUGUCUGGCAAAUGGGGACAAGGGCCGCCGCCGAAGCCGCCUGGCACUGAGCCGCCGGCCACAUGCCAAUGGAGUGAAGCCAGACGUCAUGCACCACAUCUCCACACCACUCGUCUCCAAGAUUGGCCGCUCUACCGAAAACAUGAUUGACUUCGUGGUAACAGACACAUCUCCUGGCGGAGGAGCCACAGAGGGCCCUUCCGCCCAAAGUACCAUCUCCCGCUAUGCCUGCCGCAUCCUCUGUGACCGCCGGCCACCCUAUACUGCCCGUAUCUAUGCUGCUGGCUUCGAUGCCUCUAGCAACAUUUUUCUUGGAGAGCGGGCAGCCAAAUGGAGGACUCCUGAUGGUCUGAUGGAUGGCCUGACAACCAACGGGGUCCUGGUGAUGCACCCAGCAGGUGGCUUCUCUGAGGACUCUGCCCCAGGUGUCUGGAGGGAGAUUUCUGUCUGCGGGAAUGUGUACACAUUGCGGGAUAGCCGCUCAGCCCAGCAGCGGGGGAAGCUGGUGGAAAACGAAUCCAACGUCCUGCAAGAUGGCUCGCUCAUCGACCUAUGUGGGGCCACACUGCUGUGGCGCACUCCAGCAGGGUUGCUGAGAGCACCCACACUGAAACAACUGGAGGCCCAGCGACAGGAGGCCAACGCAGCACGGCCCCAGUGUCCUGUGGGCCUCAGCACCUUGGCCUUCCCCAGUCCAGCCCGUGGCCGCACAGCACCUGACAAGCAACAGCCCUGGGUCUACGUCCGCUGUGGUCAUGUCCAUGGUUACCAUGGUUGGGGCUGCCGGAGGGAGCGAGGCCCUCAAGAGCGCGAGUGUCCUCUUUGCCGCCUUGUGGGACCCUAUGUGCCCCUGUGGCUCGGCCAGGAGGCUGGUCUCUGCCUGGACCCUGGGCCACCCAGCCACGCUUUUGCACCCUGUGGCCAUGUCUGUUCUGAGAAGACUGCCCGUUACUGGGCCCAGACGCCACUGCCUCAUGGCACCCAUGCUUUUCAUGCGGCCUGCCCCUUUUGUGGGGCUUGGCUCACUGGUGAGCAUGGUUGUGUCCGCCUAAUUUUCCAGGGGCCACUGGACUAGGCUCUCCAGGGUCCUUGCUGCCAUGCCUGCCUACCCACCCAGGUCCCCCCUCUCCUGCCGUUCAGAGGGAGCUCUGCAUGUGGGACUGUGCCUGCUGGCAAUGGCCACACCAGAUGGGCUGUGACCCUCCCCUCAGCUCUAGCCUCUAAGAGGAUCCCUGAGAUCUCUAUCCCAGUCGUACUGAUGGGGACUUUAGCACCAGCUCUGCCUCAGGCUGAUGGAGGGCGCCUCAUGCCCCUGCCCUUCCUGGGGUAUCCUACAUCAUGCUGCGUACACUGUGUCCCUGGGGGAGUGAAGGGGCCACGGCCCCUGACUUCCAGCUUAGUCCGGUUGUGCCCUGAACCUGCCAAUCCAGUACCAGCCACUCCUUCCUCCUGCUGCUGCCCUGGGUUGCUCUAUAAAUCUGCUCAGCUGCCCUCACAGAUCCACGUGUCCCACAUGCAUGCAGUAUCUCCAGCCCUCUGAGUACUGAAUGGGCCGGCAGUCUGAGGUCAGCAUUUGCAGGCAGGAUAGCACCAAGUGG